AUGGUUAGCACACCAAUGAAGAGUGCGAGAGGCCAAGGUCCGCACUUGGAGCGGCUCAGCGAGCACUUGAAGCAACUGCAGAACGAGUUGUCAUCUGAAAAAGCGGCGAGGCAGUCGACCGUGAAGGCUCAAUGGGCAGAGGCAGUGACACAUGAGAACAAGAAAUUGCACCAGCUGACGGACAUGCAGAAAGCAAUCAUCCACGACCUGCAAGGCGGCGUUUCUGUGGCAUCGCCUGUAGUCAGUCAGGCUCAGGAUCUAUCAGAGAAGGCACUUGCUGCCAAGGGCGCAUUGGAGCAAAACAUGGCAGACCUGAAAAUCCAGAAUAGCAGUCUUCGCAGAGACAUAGCAGCCAAGGAGGCUCAGCUGGCAGUGGUGCAAGCAGAGUUCCAAGCCUGGAGACGUGUGCAGGGACAGCCAGCUCUUGAUGGCAAAUCGUCCCAAGCAGACGGCCAACAGGAGUCCGCCCAGGUAUGGGCUGAGGUGAAGAAGGGAGAGCAACGCGUGCAAAUUCUGUCAGCAAUUGCGCAGGCCUCAGAGACACAUGUGAAGAUUCUGCAGGAAGAGCUCUGCAAGGCACAUGCUGAGACGGCAGCUUCAAGGGAUGAGGUUUGCGAGCGCCAACGCACAAUCAGGGAACAGACAGAAGCAGUGGCUGCAGCGGCGGGAGCUCUUGCCAAGAUUCGCGCCCUCGAGGCCUCAGCAAAGGAUGACAACCUUCUCGUGGCAGAGCUGCGCAAGAGGUUGCAGGAUUCAGACGCGGAGUCAGCCUCUUCACGUGCAACCUGGCAAAAGCAGCUUGAGGAGGCCCAGGCUGCAGUUGCCAAGGCAUCGAGGGAGAGGGACGCUGGUGUGCAGACACAGUCAUGCAUGCCUGCUUCCUCCCCUCCUGCUGUGGUGCCUCCGGUCCAGACAGCUCACACAAAGUCGCCAGUGCCGCGCAUCUGGCAGUCUGCGCAGGCUCCCCUGACAGAGGCACCCGUGCGCCGCAGCACCUUCUUUCUGGCCGACCCCAAACAGGCGUCCCUGACUUCCGAGCACGAGGCGACCCUCAUCUCGCACAGGAGCUUCGCCGCAUGCAGCGGCAGCCUCAAUGCCACCGCAGUGGUGACCACCACGUUCAUCGCGCCCUCUCCCGCUGCAGAGGCAAAGGGCAGUCCGCACAACAGCACAGAACUUGCUGAGGCGUCUCCCAACAGCACAGCAACGCCAGCGCAGGAUUGCAGGAGCAGGGACAGCGGCGGCUCCUCCAACAGCCACAAAACAGCUGGCAGCAGCAGCAGCAGCAGGGGAGAGAAGAGGGACGUGCGGGGAAUCUCUCUUUCACAGCAGAAGCCUGCGGCCACGGACGCCAGAGCUUUGAGGCAGUCGCAGUACACGCCCAUCAAGCUGCAGGACAUGACCCAGCUGGGGCGACAGCCACACAGCACCACAGGUCCCACACCAGGCAGUGCCAGCGCGAGGAGUGACAGGGCCAAACAGGAGCGCUGGACUCCUCUGAGCGAGCGCCGUUCUAGCAGCAGCCCGGCACCCACCCCUGACGCAGCUCAACCUCCUCGACCCGGCCCCCUCUUCCCGCCCAGCCCCCUACAUGUCGAGGACAGCUCCCAGGCACCAGUGCCCGCACGGAGUCCCCUGUCAGAGAUGCAGCUGCCGCCAGCGGGGUCGCAGUCCAAACUCACUCCAAAGCACACGGGCAAGAGCUCGCCGAUUGGCAUCGCCCUCCUGCAGUCGCAGUCGUCAGGCCAGACUCCAACAGCGGAGGACUGCAUGUCCCCUGUACUGUGCUUCGCAGCCACCCCCGGCAGCGCCGGCGGACAGCUGAGGCGGGGGCCGAAGCACGCAGGCCGCGGCGCAGGAAGGAAAACCCCCACUCCAAACAGCGCCGGCGCAAAGCACGCUGCCAAGGAAAGCCAUGGUCACAACGCACCACAAGCAGGGAAGCAUGGGGUGCCUGACGUUGAGGCCAGCUUGUGCAACCUGCACGGCAGCCCUCUGAGCCCGUCGGACCUUGGCACGGCCGACAGGGCUCGCAAGCUGCCAGCCAUGUCCAGCCUGGCAUGCCAGUCAGCCGCAGGCCGGGAGACACAAAACAUGGAUGAGGCCCUGCAGUCCACGGCAGCCUCGCCAUUCCAGGCAGCAGCAGGAGUGCCUCUCCCCGGCUCUGAUCCCAGCGCAGCACAGAACCCUGGCGGCGGAGCAGGCCACCGGGGGCGCAGGGUGUCUCUGCCGGGGCUGGACCCGCUGCCGGAAGACAGCAGCCCUCUGGCGAGCCCGGCGCUGAUGGAGGGCGCGAGCUCGCCCAGAGUGCGGGGCGCACGGCCGCGGGUGCCCAGCCUGAACCUGUCCGGCAGCCUGCGCAUCUCAGUGGAGGCCACCACGCCGCCAUGCAGCUUCCCUUUCCGGGGCAAGGCGGCAGAGGCUCCCAGCGACCGCAGAUUCAGCGCCUGCUCUGCGCGCAGCCUCUCCUCUGACGUGGAAGAUGAGCGCUUCAAUGUGCAGGCCACCUACCAGCAGGCCGCACCGCCUGACAGCGCUCAUGCUGCUCGGAUCGGCACGUCGAAAUUGGCGCAGCCGCGCAGGCAUGGGACCGGUGACGAGGACGGCUGGGGCCCCCUGUACAAUGGUGGGAGGGGGGAGGCGGAGGAGUCUGACGCGGAGGGCUCAGUUGACUACAUGCCGACUGCGCGCAGCACGGAGCAGGCAGUCUAUGAGCUGGGCAGCCACGGAGGUGCCAAGGGCAGCAGCAUUCUUGAGGAGACCAGCACCUUCUUGGCUGCGCGGACCCCGGAGCUUCCAAGGCCGGCCCCAAACCGCGAUGCGCUCGAUGCGCGAGACACAAAGCAGCAGGACGCGACUGUUCCAUCUCCUUCGCCAGCAAAGGCACAGGCCGUCGAGAAGCAGGCUACUCCACGCAACCCUAGUAAGCGGGGGCUGUCAGUGUUCCAGCGCAUGUCGCCGCUCCUGAACAAGAAGGGCGCAGCAGCGGCCAAAAAUGAGGUGACGCCGCGGCAGGCUGCCUUGCCAUCGGCAGAGACCACGCCAGUCAAGGGCUUGGCGAGGUUGUCGCCUGCGCGCUGGAAGUGGGGCGGCUGCGCAGCGAGGGCUCCUGCCUCGGACACAUGCUCGCCGCUGCGUGACGGCGCUGCAGCCGCCACCUUCUCUGCAACCGGCCAAGAUGGCGGCAAAGGGGCCAGCCCACAGAAGGGAUCCCGCAGGAAGCUGUCUACAGCCAAAGAUCCCUAG